CAAAUUCGCCCUGACCUCCAAUAUAUCAAAGGCUCAAAUCCCGGUCUUGGCUCGUCAUAUCAGGCGCAAGCCUAUGUCUUUUCUGCACAGUCGGCUUCCUCAACGCAUUCGUAUUAUGCCUCCGACCAACUCUCUGAAACCAGCCAAUCGACAAUCGCCUGGCUGGGUGCCGUUGCAAUCUUCUUCCUAUUCUCAAUUUCCGUGAUCUCCGGCUUAAUCCUUGAUAUAUUCGGACCUGAAUUAAUGUGUUGGGCCGGUGCAAUAGGCACCGUGUUUUCGAUUAUGAUGAUUUCGCUCUGUCGGGAAUUUUACGAGUUUGUACUUGCACAGGGUAUAUUGCUUGGUAUCUCAAUGGCGCUGAUUACAUGGCCUAUGCUAGCACUUGUGGGAAAGUGUAUCAAUGCAGAGAAUCGUGGUGCGGCGUUGGGGAUUGUUAUCGCAGGAUCUUCGCUGGGUGGUGUUGUUUGGCCGAUUGCUAUUGAUAAUCUGUUGAAGGCAGGUGGGAUUGGGUUUCCAUGGACAAUGCGGAUUGUAGGGUUUAUUAUGAUCCCGUGUCUUGGUUUCGCCUGUCUUGUUGCGAAGGAGCCGCCAAAAAUCACUUCUGAGGUUGGCCAAACCGAACAGAAGGAUGGUGUGGAUAUUACCGCUCGUGUCAAGGUUAGUAGCAAGUCAGAGACUGUGGCUCUCUCCAAAAAGCCAGCUUUACAGCUUCUUUCGCUUGCUAUGUUCAUCACAUACUUCGGAAUGUUCUCGCCGUUCUUCUUUACAACUUCAUAUGCCGUCGAAAAGGGAUUCUCUUCGAGUUUCGCAUUUUAUACCGUCUCCAUUGUCAAUGGAGCUUCUUUUGUCGGUCGUGUUGUCCCAGGAUUUUUGGCUGACAAAUAUGGGAAGUUUAAUUGUGUUAUCUUGUCCACAUUGUUGGCUGGUGUAAUCGCACUGUGCUGGACAAAAGUGAAUUCUGUGGCUGGAUUAGGUGUCUGGUGCGCCGCUUAUGGACUUGCAUCGGGGGGAAUCAUCUCACUCCAACAAGCUUGCGCUGCGCAAGUUGCCACACCUUCUACUAUGGGCCUUGCUAUUGGAACCGUGGCAGCUUCUGUUUCGCUCUCUGCUAUGGCAAAUGUUCCGAUCAGUGGUGUACUAGUCGAGAAAUUUGGAUACCUCUCCUUAUCCCUCUUUUCGGGAGUCUCGCUGAUUCUUGGAGGCAUAUUUCUCAUCGCUGCCAGGUUAGUGCAGGAUAAGCACUUCUUUGCCGUCAUUUAG